AUGUAUAAGAUGGAUUACUCCUACCUGAACUCCUAUGACUCCUGCAUGGCGGCCAUGGAAGCGUCGGCCUACGCGGACUUCAGUUCCUGCAGCCAGGCGAGCUCCUUCCAGUACAACCCGAUCCGGAGCGGACCCUUCUCCAACCCGGGCUGCACCCCGCUCAGCACGGCCAGCUGCACACUGGGAGCCCUGCGGGAGCACCAGCCCACCCCCUACUCCUCAGUUCCGUACAAGUUCUUCUCGGACCCCUCCGGCCUGAACGAGAAGCGGAAGCAGCGGCGCAUCAGGACCACAUUCACCAGCUCCCAGCUGAAGGAGCUGGAGCGGGUCUUUGCGGAGACGCACUACCCGGACAUCUACACCCGAGAGGAGCUGGCCCUUAAGAUAGACCUGACCGAGGCCCGGGUACAGGUGAGACCUGAAUAACUGCAUAUCUGAAUGAGAUUGGACCAUUUUUCUUCAUGUCUGUUUUUCCAUCUUCACUGGAAAGCUUAUUGUCCCUUGGUCUGUGUUCUCCAGGUUUGGUUUCAGAACAGGCGUGCCAAGUUUCGUAAACAGGAGCGUGCAGCCAACUCCAAAGCCAACAACUCUGGUGGCACCACGGGCAGCACAGGCAGCAGCAGCUCUGGAGGGAAGAAGGGCGGGGAGACCAGAUCUUCUUCAGAUGAUGAUGAGUCCAAAGAAUCCACCUGCAGCCCCACGCCUGACAGCACGGCCUCCCUGACGGGCUCGGCCAACGGAAACCUGGGCAGCCCUGCCAGCCUGAGUCCCAGCCCGGCUCCCAUCAACACCGGCUACAUCAACACCUCCAGCUCCCCGGUCCUCCAGGGGCUGAAGCCGCCCAGCUGGUCCAGCCUGGGGCCUUCCAACCCGGCCGUGGCCCAGCCGGCUCUCCAGACUCAGGAGAUUCUGAAGGCCUGGCAGCCGGCGGACAGUAUGACCGGGCCCUUUGCCGGAGUCCUGUCGUCCUUCCACAGAAAACCCAACCCCACCAUCAAGACAAACCUGUUCUGAAGCACAGAGGGAGAGAAAAGAGAAACAGACAUUGUGUGAUCUUCUGGAACAGCGAGG